CAGUGCUGAUUGGAAGGAGACCAGAGAACCUCAGUCAACUUUAAACUCUCUGAAACAUGAUUCAAGAUUUAAGAAAACAUUCAGCUGCUCUGAGUGUGGGAGAAGAUUUGACCGUGAGUCACAUCUGAAGACACACAUGAGAAUCCACACAGGAGAAAAACCUUUCAGCUGCUCAGUUUGUAAGAAAUCUUUUACACAGAGAGGAAGUUUACAUAAACACAUGAGAAUCCACACAGGAGAAAAGCCUUUUAGCUGCUCAGUUUGUAAUACAUCAUUUACACAGAGUGGAGAUUUACAUAAACACAUGAGAAUCCACACAGGAGAGAAGCCUUUUAGCUGCUCAGUUUGUAAGAAAUCUUUUACACAGAAAGGAGGUUUACGGUCACACAUGAUAACUCACACAGGAGAAAAGCCUUUCAGCUGCUCAGUCUGUAAGAAAUAUUUUACACAGAGAGGAAGUUUACGGUCACACAUGACAGUCCACACAGGAGAGAAAAAAUUCAGCUGCAGUGUUUGUAACAAAAGAUUUUCCCGGCGUUCUCAUGUCAAAACACACAUGAUAACUCACACAGGAGAGAAGCCUUUUAGCUGCUCUGUUUGUAAGAAAUCUUUUACACAGAGUGAAAAUUUACGGUCACACAUGAGAACUCACACAGGAGAGAAGCCUUUCAGCUGCUCUGAGUGUGGUAAAGCUUUCGCUGAAGGUGGAAACCUGAAGAAACACAUGAUGACUCACACAGGAGAGAAGCCUUUUAGCUGCUCAGUUUGUAAGAAAUCUUUUACACAGAGUGGAUAUUUACAGAGACACAUGAGAAUCCACACAGGAGAAAAACCCUUCAGCUGCUCAGUCUGUAAGAAAUCUUGUACAGAGAGUGGAAGUUUACGGUCACACAUGGCAGUCCACACAGGAGAGAAAAGAUUCAGCUGCAGUGUUUGUAACAAAAGAUUUGCUUGAAACAGAAGCUGAUGGAGAGGACUGUGGAGGACCAGAACCAACCAGGAACUCACAUCAACAUCCACUUUUACAACAAGAGACUGAAGACCAGACUGGAGACUCUUCUGAACCUGAGACUGGUGACUAGGGAUGUCACGAGAACCAAUACUACCGAUACCUUCCUGUUCUAAAAUGACCCAUUUUUUUGUAGCACCGUAGGCAUCGUUAGCGCAAUGCCAGUGUUAGCAGCAUCGGUGCUGCACCUCUUCCGGUACUGAUUGGGGCAGUAUACGCUUCAGAGUUUUCCAGUCUAUACAUUCAGAAGUAGGAGGUCACGAACAAGUGGCCGAAGUCACGCCCUUCUACUUCCAGUGGAAAAAAUAUGAACGAGAGUCAACGGAGAGAUAGAUUCUACCCGACCUAAAAAACAGCAUGUUCACUGCAAUCUCACUGUCCUCUCUUCCCGAUUUACAGCCCCCCUCUCUUGGCUUCAAAUAACUCACCGUUGUCGGCUACAGCUGCUGAAACGGCUACACGUUGUAAACAGCCCUUGUCGCUUGCCUGCUCCUCUGGUAACGUUAGCCGUUAGCAGGGUUAGCAUGGCGCCGUUAGCCAGGACCCGUCGGGAUCACUUUACUGGCUGUGUCUCAAUUGUUGAGUACACAAAUGUUGAAAUUACAUAAAAUGCCCGUCCCUUGUAGCCGUGAUAAAUUACAUCUCCAAUAUUUACCUGGGGUUUGUAACGUCUCUGGUCGCGCAACUGUUAGAAACACUGUUGUUGUUUUUGCACAGUAGCCUACCUUUGAAAAGAUGCCUGGAAGUCUGGAAUGUGUCUGGGGACACUAGUGGUUGCACUGUGGUUACGUUCAGACUGCAGGCAAAAGUGGCCCAAAUCCAAAUCAGAUUCAGGCCACUUCCAUAUGUUGUCCUGAAUCAGACCCAGGUCUGAUUCUUUUCAAUGCGGCCGCAGUGUUAACAACCAAGGCGGAUUUGAUGCGACUUUUACCUCAAUAACCCUCGCUGCGCUCUCUCUCUCCGCGGGGAGGGGCGGGGGCCCCCUGCUCCCGGUGCGGCUGUCAAUCGGGGCGGACUGUCCUCCGUGCAUCCCAACCGCGUCGCGUCGCCAGGGCGGGAAUCGGCUCACGUAAAAAGGCGAUGUCGGCAACCCACCCGACCUGUCUUGAAACACAGACCACACGGACGCGUGCGAGUCAGAGGGUCGCCGCGUGGCGCAAUGGAAGUGAGGGCCGGCGCGCCUGCUGAGGUGGGAUCCCGGUCCUCGGGGUCAGGCGCAUCACCGGCCCGUCUCGCCUGCACCGUUGGGGAGGUGGAGCGUGGGCGCAUGUGAUAGGACCUGAAAGAUGGUGAACUAUACCUGGGCAGGGCAAAGCCAGAGGAAACUCUGGUGGAUUUGAUGUAGAAAGGUGAAAUUGUGAAAUGAAUAUUAUUUAUUUAUAUUAUUAUUAAUAAAGCCUUGCAUUUAUAAAGUCUUGGAUUUCGUUACAGAGGUCUUAUAUUGUUUUGCCUUUCCUAGGAUUAAGUUCAUACCGUAACAAAAUUAACUGUUACUAAUUAAUUAAAAACUGACCGAGCGC